AUGAAGCCCACCGAGCGAAUGCAGAACUUCAGUCAAGACGAGAAAAUUAAUACCACCUUCGGUCAAGUUGGCCAAGGAAUGCAAGAACUGCAACAGAUAAUGCAGGACAUAGCACAGAUGAUCAAACAGAAGUUCGAGAACGAAAGGUCAACCGCAAACCCGCAAACUCAAACGGAAUCUCAAAUCGAGAUGACAGAGGUAGAAACUCUUGAGAAAAUCCGGCACUAUUUACCGCAGGUGAAGCUAGACCCUGAAAAUCCUCAGCAAGCAUCUGAAGGUAAAGACUACAAGUUAGCCACAUAUCGCCCUUUGCAAGGAAUGAAGUUCAUUAAAUUAGGUAAGGUUGUACAAGAAAUUUACGACAAGGUCUUGAGGAUACAAUACCAACUCUCAGAGGAAUGUAUCAAAUACUCGGAUUGGGGACAAGUUAUGAAGUCCCACUAUAUUGAUGUUGUCGGAAUAACCCCAGCAGCAAGAUGCCAAACUUGGCAACAAAUCAUGGUAGUCUUAUUUGAAAGAGCCGGUUUUUCGAAAUUUGCCACAAAGAUGACUAAGAGGUUGUCAGACCCACGGAAUUUUGUUACGCCAGGAGAAGUUACGACAGUUUACGAUAUGCUACUAGAUUGGUUGCAGGCCGUGGAAGAUACAAAGAUGCAUUUUCCGGCUGAACACAUCCGCAAUCAAAUUCAGGAUGUUUUCAGCAAAUUUAACGUUUUCAACAACGGUAAGCAAGAGAAGGCACAGCGGAAAUGCCAUACCACAAGGCAAUUCAAAGCUUUUAUUCACAGCGAAAUAUCCAAAUAUACUGUUGUCAAGACAAUCGAGCCAACAUGA